UCGAUUGAUUUGAUUUGAUUUGGAAUGCGACGUCCAUUUGUAUUGUGUGUUAAUUUAUCGCAGAAAUAAUUAUUUAUUAUUUUAGUCAGUUAUUUGAAGAUUUGCGUAUAUUAUUUUAGCGGUUUGAAUUCAUCGAAUUGGUUAUUCAAAGUACCAAAAUCGCAAUCCAUCCAACUCCAACGGUUACUAGCGUAAUUGGGAUUUUUUCAUGUUACAAGGUGUGUGAUUGGCUAAUCUUGUUGUGUAAAAAUUAACUUGUAUAAUUUCUGCUGUGUGGGACGUUGCGCCGAGCUAGGACCGCUGAAAAUAUGAAUGGUAAAGUUGUUAGAAGCCUCGACGAUCAUAAUGCUCACCUCCAUCGAGAACCUGACCAGUCACAUUAACGUUGUUGCCAGCAAUACGAUCAAGAGCACCGCCGAUCUGAGCUCAGUGGCCAAAGCGUACCUGAUAUGCCAUCCGAAUUCGCACAGCUUCGCCGACCGUACGUUGGUGCUCGAUAAGCCGGUGAAAAUCGGCCGAUCUGUCGGCCACAAUAAAACUUCGGCCAACAAUGGCAUCUUCGACUGCAAAGUACUGUCUCGUAACCACGCGCUGUUGUGGUUCGAAGAUGGUAAAUUUCUGCUCAAAGACACGCGAAGCAGCAACGGUACUUUCGUGAACACCGAACGGCUGAGUAAAUCAUGCGAAGAGUCGCAGCCUCGCGAAGUAUUCAGCGGCGAUACGGUACAGUUCGGCGUCGACGUCGUAGAAAAUUCUCGCAACUUGACGCACGGUUGCGUGAUCGCAACGUUGAGGCUGUUUUUACCCAAUGGUCGCGAAGCUAAACCGUUACCUAGUAUAUUCACAUCCGGUGCCGGCGGUGACCGGAGUAAGGUAACGUUGGAGGAUCUCUACUUGCUGAAUCAAUACCUGCAAGAAUCUCUGCAACGCGAGAAAAUGCUCGAAAACAAGUUAUCCGCCUUACAAACGCUGGUGAAAACGUUACGCGACAGCACCGAGCUUAGUUGGAAGGCUUUGAUAUCGAAUAACAGCCUUCUAUCGCGAGUCGAGCUGCUCGAGGUGCAGUUAAAAUGCUAUUCGAAGAAGUUCGCCGAAGAUACGCUUCGCGAAGAGCUGCGUGCGCUGCAAGAAGACAAAAGCGCUUACGAAGGCGUGGUCAAAGAGUAUUUCCAAAAAAUACUCGACGAAAAGCUGGAAGCGGCGCAGCAGUACCAAGACCUGACUCGAGCUUUGGCCAACAUGAAGACCGAAUUCGCCAACACGCAGCUGCUGCUCACCAACAGUCAGAACGAACUCAGAGAGCUGGCGUUGAAGAACACUUGCCAAGAGAAGUCCAUCGAAGAACUCGAACUGAAAUUACACGACGCCGAACACAAAGCCAAACACAACGAACAAAAAGCUCUGGACGAGAAUACCGCGUUGUACGCUCAACUCGAUAAACUCACCGUUAACGAGAAAGUCCUACAGCAGACGAUACAGGAGCUAGAAACGCACGGCGAUUACGCUCAUAAACAAGUGAUGUCGUUACAGAACCAAGUGGAACAGCUGCAGAAACACCACAGCGACGUAUUAUGCGAAUUAGUCGAUCCUACCGUCAUCAAGGAUAAAAUAACGGACGAGAAUCUGGUCAGGUCGUGGAUAUCGAUUUAUACCGAAGCGUUACGUAAAUGCAAAGAGAAUACAGCCGCGUUGCGAAGCCGCGUUCAAGAUAUGCGACUUCAAAAAGCCCAGAAAGAAGAAGCCAUCGCCUCGCUCGAAGCCGAAGUGAACAAAUGCAUCGUCGAGUUGCAAAGCUACCGCAAAGAGCAACUCGAACUCGAAGAACAGAUUCUAGACCGUAAAAACGAGCUAGAAUUAACGAAACCGCAACCUCAGCACAUAUGGGACGAGUUGAACGAACAACACAACAACGAGAAAUGUAACGAAAACGACGCUAUAGACCUGCAAGAGAAGAAGAAACUACUCAACGUUAUCCAGCGCGACGUGAAAAUGACUGACGAGCAUUUCAAAGAGCUGGAGAAAGUAUUAAAGCUGUCCAAAGACGAACUGACUCAGUUAACUGUCGCGAACGCCAUCGAAGAAGAUAAACUAGAUCUGAGCGAGAAGCAGAUGUGCAGUUUGCAAAACGCAUUGGCCACUUUGCAAGGGCACGUGCGUACUUGUGGCGGCGGCAGCGGAGACAACAACACCAGCAACAGCAACAGCAACGACGAGACGUGCUAUCAAAACGAUCAAGUGUGCAUCGAAGACGUACAAAGCCUUAAAAAACAACUCAGCGAAGCUCACGAACUGGCCCAAGAGAAACAAAACGUUACCGUCAAGUUGAUGAGCCAUUUCGUUCAGUUCACGCAGCUAGUCAAUCAAAGGCUGAACGUCGUCGAUCGAACAGUAUCCCAGUUCUCUCAGAUCGGCGAAGCUGUCCAAUUUGCGGACGAAAUAAACGCCCUGAAAGCUCAAAGUGACCGAUUAAUCGAAGCGGUCGACGAUUUGCACAGCUUAUGCGAAAGAGUACAGUAUUAUAAAGAUCUGGUAGACGAAAACGACGCUUCGACGCCAGUUUCGCAGCAAUCCAAAGUUCUGCUGAUGGCGGACAACUUCGCCAGUGUUCCGAAUUCGUCGUCGCCGAAAUCGGACGAUUUCAUCGUAUUGCGAGAAAAGUUAUGCGCCAUUUCGUUAGAAAAGAAAGAGCUAGAGUCGCGACUGUCGCAACUGCAAGAACAAUACGAUUAUUUCAAAAGUUACCCGUAUUUCGAUAUUUACAUUAUUUUAGUCGUCGUUUUAAUCUGCGUCGGUAUUUUUAAUUUCGCUGAUAAACUUUCACUGGUAUUUGGCUCGUGAAAUCCAACUAUCGUUAGUCUUUCUCUCGUUUUUUUCUCUCUCUCUAUAAAUUCAAACCGAACGCUGCACCGAACAUACAAUACUUUACGUAGAUACUAUUUUUUUUAGCAAUGCGUUAGUAAUUUUUACUCUACCUGUGUAACAAGUACGUAAUAUUAUGGUCAUCCGUACGAAUGUGUUUUACGUCUUUUUUUCAUUCGGAUUUUAUUUUUUAGUAUCUUUUUAUUUAUUUAUUGUUUUUCCAUAUUAAUUUAUUUUCUAAGUUUAAGCUUUAAAUAUUUGUGUUCAACCUAGCUUGAAAAUUUUUUUAUACCGUAUUACCUUUUUUUUCUCAAUCAAUCUAUUACCGUUAUAUUGAUACAAAAAAAAAGGUGGUGAAUUAUCGAAACGAGUACUCGACGACGUUGAAAUUCAUUCAAUUUUUUUUACAUUAUCGAACGUUGAAAAAAAAAGCUAUAAAUGGGAGCGAGUAGGUAGUUGAUUGGUACUGACGAUAAUUACAAUUGAGAAAUUUUUGAAUUACGAGUAGGCCUAUAGUAUACUGGCAUUCGAGUCUUAUUACGACUACCUGCACGCUAUUUAUUUAAAGGAAAAAAAUCCGGCUUCGUUAUACGUUUCUUUUUAUAUUUUGACAUUUUGUUUGAUGUUUUUUUUCUUUCAUUUUUAUUUAUUUGAUUUUUUUUCGCGGAGUUCUGUGUAGAUCUUUGAUUAAUUGUAGGUAUUAAUUUCGAUACGUUCAAUAUUGUGACAGCUGCGACGAUGUAUGUAAUUGUGUUAUCAUGUGGGUUGAAAGUCGAUCGUCGUCGAGAGAUUAACUGUUUGUCGAAGUGGAAAUAUGAUGUUUUCGUUGCUGGAAUAUAAAACUUUUUCAAACGUAUCUCAUUUGAUAUUUUAUCGAUAUUAAACAACUGAACUGGUGCCUCGAAAAUAAAGUGUUUUAAUAAACAGA